AACGGAGACAAAUUUCAAGGCACAAUCUCAGCCAUUGUCCUUGUCCCCAACCCCCACCAACCACUCUUCCAAAACCGCCCAAAUCCCUCUUUCUCCCUUCCUUCCGAUUGGAGUCUCCUCCCAACUUUCCCAAUCCCAUUUCCAAUAUUCCAAUGGACAACAACUGCAGCUUCAUCUCCUGCGAGAGGCUCGACCGAAUGGCCAACUGGGUGGGCACCAGUGUGGCCUCAGCCUUCUUCGCUUCCCUGGAACGCUGCUCGUGCAUCAACCUCAGCACCAGCGACAUGGAUGAAGAUGAAGAAGAAGCCAAGGAUCGCCCCCUCAUGCUCACCAAGCCCAUCUCCCAAUACGGCUCCAAUCUCAGCGUCGAUGUCGAUAAGCUUCCCGUUUGAACUUCUAAUUUCACCUACUUUUUUUGCUUUCUCUUCUGACGAUUUCGUACAUAAAUAAAAUGAGGAUCUUCCUUUUUCUGUUUUGUGGGGUUCUAUGUGAAAGAUUAUAUGUGGGUUGUUCAUGAAAUGGAGAAAUCUUGUAUGGUCUUAAAGCUGUAUGUCUGAUUGUAUGUAUUUGGGUUUUCUAGGAAUUUGGGAUUGGUUGUUGCGAUCUUGUUGAGUUGUGAUUAUUUGAUUAUUAUGUUAUUUGUGUAUAAUUAAUGACUCUUUUUUUGUAAUACGGGGAUUGAAGAGCCUAAUUUGGGCUCUCAUGAGGUGAAUACUUAGAGGCCUUUAUUCAAUUGUGGUAAUUCUUUUUCCUUUUUCCUUUUUUGUUGGGAGAAUCGUUUAUAGUGUUUUGGGAAAUAAAUUGGUAGAAGUUUUAGCCAAUUUUGUAGGCUUUUCUGGGUCUAAAUUGUUUUGUGUAUAUUUUUUGUUAUAUAUUGUAUCUUGUUAUUAAACAAUUCACAUUGAGAAAGGAUUCCGCUUUACUUUUCCCUUGAGGUUCAUUUGGACUAAUUCGACAUUUUAUUCCUCACAAAGAGCCUGCAAUUUGGUUGUGAUGAUGGGUUUUGAAAUUUUCUUCAUUUGCUUUCUUUAUGUGAAAAUAUGCAAUUCCUCAUUUUUCAGUUGUCCGAUUGGAGCCAACAAGGAAAAUGUAAAAAAUAAAUCCUAUGUUUUGAAUUGCAGGUAUUUUUUUAUUCCUUGCUCUCUGCAUGAUAUAAUGAAAUUUUUGGGUUAGGCUCUUCAUAGGGAUAUUAUUAUUGAAGAAUGCAGUUAUAGUGUAAUGUUGAAAAGUUCAUCUUUCCAACUAAGGGUGGCAAUUGUGGGUUGUGUCGUGUUAAGACCUAGGUUUUCUAUUACAUAGGUCAACCCAAACCCGAUAUAAAUAAUAAUUGUGUCAAAAACAUAAACCUAAAUACUACCCAAUUAUUAAAUAGGUAACAUAUUGUGUAACAUAUUUAACUCAUUUAUUAAUCAAAUCCUAUUCAAUAAUGAGAUUGAGGUAGGUCUUUAUACGUUUAUGACUUAAUUGACCUAUUUAUUAAAAUGAGUUCUAUAUGGGUUAAAUAGUUUAAAAUUAUAAUUAAGUUAACCAAUACGGUUAUUAAAUGGGUCAAUUCAUGUCAAAUUCAUGUUAUAUAAGUUGGUCAAAAAAUUACUUAUUUAUUAAACAGGUUAUGUAGGGCAAUAGGAAUUUGGCUUAAACCCAAUUAUAUUCAAUCUAAACCCUCUAAAAACAUGUUGGGUUCGAGUCAUGUUGAUGAAUCAUAUGAAACUUUGCCACCCCUAUUUUCAACCUUCGAAUUUUGUUUGUCAUGGGCUAAAUUUUGAGCAUGCUUCAUUCGUAAAUGUAGUGAUGAAGAAUUAUAAAAGAUUAUUCAGUUCUGAUGCUGGUUAAAAGAUUAUUCGGUUCUGAUGCCAGUCUAGUGAUUGAAUCUUUGAUUGUAAUUGGAGUCAAUGGCCAUCUACAUAAUCUAUGACCACCAAUUUGUUGUUACUCGGUAGAAGCUGUCCGUAUUAGAUGAGUAGACAACCAUACAGACCUUUUUUUAAUCCCAUUGAGCAACUAGACGACACAAAACAAUAUUUUAUAUUGUUUAUGCUGUUGAAAAUGGCUGACAGAGUUUUGACACAAUCCUCGUAGGAUCUUGGUUUUCUGUUAAAUCUAUGAAAAGAAAUAUUGGGUGGUUUUCUUUGGUCCCCUUUUUCCCCAUUCUUUUGUCUGGAAGUAAAACAAUGAAAUUUCUCUUGUUAUUGGUUUUCCUAGCUGGUAUAAUUACCAACAUGAUGUUGUGAAUUCCAUAUGAUCAGGGCAAAACUGAACCAGUCUCACCUUGGAUGUAAUUCCAUGCAUAAAUUAGAGCCUAAUCUGAAAAUAGAGGCAUAUAUGUAUGUAGGCUUGUUGCUUCAAAAAUGAGAUUACUGCCUAACAGCUUGACUGGCAUAAACUCUUUUCAACAAGUGAUUCACAACUGAGAAGGUUUGAGAUUUUGUGGCCAAUAAAAUAUAGGAUCAUAUCAGUUAUCUUUGUUUCAAACUAAUGAUUUCCAAUUGACAUUGGUUGGAACUACGCUGUAACUAAGAUGAAUUUGUGUCAUUGAAAGGGCCUCCCUCCCUCAUUUCCUUGGAGACUGUUUGGUAAUUUACUCUAUAUAUCUAAGAACCAUGUUUUCUGGUAAAACCUGGGCUGCAAGUGGAUUAUUGUUUCUUCUAUAGAGAGACAAAAUCAUGAUUGCUUUGUAGAAUUCUCAGGAUUGAUAUUAUGUGAUAUGUUUGUUAUUCUAGGUUGAAGGAUUCUCUUAAUUUGUGGGAGGUUGUAGUUUAUAUAGUGACUCUUCAAUAAGACAGCUGGUUGUCUCUCUGUGGUUUCAUACUGUAUUUGAUAACUUUAGAACUUGACACAAACAGCCCAACCAGCAUACCAAAAAGAAUCCUUUUCUGUAUUACCAAGACAGUAAUAUUCAAAUUAACAUAUCAAAUUUUAUCUGACAACCAUUCUUGGAAGAAAUACAGUGAAACAUUUUUAACAUGAUUCAAGAAAGUUUUCCUUGCUCAGAAUGCCCAUUACAUUGAUCAGUGGGCUUAUUUAUUAUUAUUUAAUUUUGAGAAUUCUAGUGCAUGCGGUGAAAUGGUGUCUCUAUUGGAUUUUGCUUCUAGUCAAGGAUGAUUGCACUAGUAAUCAGUCAAGUGCUUUUCCAACUUAACUUCUCCAAUCUUUUCUAUCCUUAGUAGUAAAACAAGAAAGAACAAAAUGCAAGAAGAAAAGUAAUAUGUACAAGGGAUAAAAUGCAAAACAGAUAUUAUUUAUAAUAUUGAACUAUUAACAAUGGAAACAUAAAUGAGCAAGUUUUUAAUAGCUCUGUGAUCUCUCUUCCCAGACGAACUUAGCACCUGCAUUACCUUGCUCUUUAUCCCCCAUUAAUAUAUAGACAUAAAAGAGAGAGAGAGAAAAAAAAAACACAUUUGUAAAUUUAUUAUACUAUCUAUUAUGCAAACUCAAAAGCCCAUCUCUUUCCAGCAUCUCAUUUCUCGACCAUUAUCGUUAAUCUGCAGUUUCUUUCCAGCAAAGCAGCAUCAGAAGGCAGCGCCUGAUUAUGUAAAGCCUUGCCCGCUUGUCUGCCAAAACCCUACAUCUUGGAACCUCACCAUCCCGCCGCUUCUUCAGAUAAACAUUACAAACGUUCAUCCCCAUCACUCUCUCAACCCAAUCUUCCCUUUUUCCUUUGUUGAUAGCUGUAGACAGACUGGUCGCUCUCUUAUGGUGGGAAUCGUUGAAUAGGGUGUGAGGAGGUUACAACGGUUUGUCACAAAUUUUUUGUCUUCAAAGACUGAGUUACUGCUAAAAGAUAGCAUUAGUUUGAACUUCUGGAUUAUUUGCCUUCAUUGGGAGCUCCGCAAACAGGUCAUAGAAGGCGGUAUAAUAUGGCUGUUUGCCAACUAGGACAAGUGGUUUUACACUCUGUUCAACUUAAUUACACUUUGUUUUUACUCUAAAAAUACUGUUUCUCUGCCAACUGACAGGUAAUCAGCAAUUUAACCACUUGGGUGGUCCAGAAUUGUGGUGGGUUGUGAUAUUUUGAACUGAUUUGUUAGUAAUCCAAAACCCCAUGUGAGAAGUAUCAGGUUUUCUGAAUUUGUUCUAAUAAUCUCAUUGUAUUAUGAAAAGUUUGAGAUGUAUGUGCUUUGAUCAUCGCUACCCCAUAGAAGAUUUUUGGGGGCGGCAAGGUUUUACACUUUGGCAUGGCUUAAUUAUUCUGUCUUUAUUAUAUGUUCACGGUUUUUAUGCUAAUUGAUAGGUAGUUGACAAUUCUACCAUUUCAGUAGAAUUUUGGUGGGAUUGUGAUAUUUUGAAUUGAUAUGGCAGUAAUCUGAAACUCCAUUUGAUGGGGAAAUGUGGGGUUUUUCUGAAUUUGUUCUAAUAAUUGAUGAUUUUAGUAUGCAAAAUUUGAGGAAUUCAUGCUUUGAUCAUCACUACAAUCUGAUUCUUUGCCUUGAUUAAAAGUUUUUGCCUUCUCUGAGCUUUUUGGUGGACUGUUGACAUAAAACUAAAUCGCUUCUGUAAUCAGAACUCCUCAUCUGAGUUUCCGGAAUACAAAAUUGGAAAGUUGAAUGUUGAAUAAUCACUGUAGUGAAUAUUAUCAUUAACCAUUGAUUGAGCUCAUAUGUUUUUCCUUUUUUGAUAUGCAAAACAGAAAAUAUAUUAGAAGAGGUGACAUGCCAAAGUACACAAAAUGUAUGCAAUAGCCAUCUAAAGGCUAACCAAGGAAAGGGAAAACAAAAAACAAACGUCCUCUCCUUACUUGAAGUAGCUCAACCGAUCUACAAAGUCUAUCAUGGACAUUAAAUGGUCCUCUAUGUACACUUUAAUUUUGAUUCACUUAUGCUUUCAAAUUUUCCAAUAAUUGCUUGUAUUAAUUGUCUUAUGAUUAAUUUCUUUCUUAAAGUGGAGAAAAGAAAACAUCAUCCUCCAAGAAUAUACAUGUACAUAUUUUUAUGAUAAUGAAUGCAAUAGGUCUGUUAUUAUUAUUAUGACUUGGAUGUCAGAGAAGUUGCACUAUAUCUUAUCCCUAAUUGAUAUAUAUCUUCUUUUGAUUUAAUAUUUUGCAGAUUAAAUUCCAUUAAUGGUCUGAGAUGAUUGUUCACACACUAUUUUGAUCUUUGUAGGGUUGUUAUAUUUUGAACUGAUUUAGAAGUUAUUUGAAUCCCCAUUUAGCAGGAACUACUGGGUUGUCAGAAUUUGUUCUGAUAAUCUCAUUGUAUUAUGCAAAAUUUGAGACAUGUAUGCUUUGGUCAUCACUAUGACCUCGUGCUUUGUCUUGAUUGAAAAUUUUCUCAGUUACAAACCUAUUGCAUAGAAGUUUUCUGGGAUGAGGUUUCAUACUUUGGGACAGCUUAAUUACACGUCAACCUUAUAUAUACAGUCUAUAAGUUAAUGGACAGGUAAUCAACAAUUCUUUCAUUUGAGUUGUUCAAAAUUUUGGUGGGUUUGUGACAUUUUGAACUGAUAUGGAAGUAAUCUGAAACCCCAUUUAAUGAGGAAGGUGGGGUUUUUUUUUUUUUUUUUUUUAAUGUGUUCUAAUAAAAACUAUAAUUGUAGUAUGAAAAAUUUGAGAAAUUCAUACUUUGAUCCUCACUGUAACUCUAUUCUUUGCCUUGAUUGAAUUUUUUUGCCUUCUCUGAGUUACUAAAUUGUUGGGUGGUUGAAGCUUUUUGGUGGACCGUUGAGGUAAAACUGAUUCACUUCUGUAAUCAGAACGCCUUAUCUGGGUUUUGGGAAUACAAAAUUGAAGGGUUGUUGGUGGACUCUGCGACCAAUAUUGAUGCCAUUGUGAAUAUUACCAUCAACUAUUGAUUAGGUUCAUACAAUGAUUUGCCUCCAUUUUCUCAGAUAAUUAUGUCUUUGUCUUGUAUCCAUCGUCCUCCAAGAAAAUGUAUGUAAUAUCUUUAGGACUGUAAAUACAAUAGGUCUGUUUUUACCAUUUUGACUUGGAUGUUAGAGCUGUUGUGCUAUAUCUUAUCCUUAAUAUAUUUGUUCUUCUAAUUUCCUUUCUAAACCCAUCCAGUAAGGUUUUUCCUAAAAUAUAACUAUGCAAUAAAUUUGACAUCCUGUGUAAGUCAUUAAUUGUUGAUAUAUCGGUGCAUUGAAUUAUGAACCUUAUACCAUAUAAUUUUGCUCUUCAUUUUCAGCUUGAAAUGUUGAUUAUUCACACUCAGGUAUGUAAGUGGUCCUGUAUGAAAUUCAUACAACAUUCAUAUCUGGCACUUGAGGGACCAUCUUAAGUGUUGGAAGCUAUUGCUAAGGUAGUCCCCUUCAUCUAUAAAGGAUGGGCAAUUGAGAGAGAAUAGGGCGAUAGCCUGGUUCAUAAAACAUUCAUAUCUGGCAUUUGAGGGACCAUCUUAAGUGUCGGAAGCUAUUGCUAAGGUACUCCCCCUCAUCUAUAAAGGAUGGGCAAUUGAGAGAGAAUAGGGUGAUAGUCCGGUUUUGAUUGAAUAUCCUUUCUGGUGUUUGUCUUGUAUUGAGGUAUACCGAUGAUAUGAGUAGAAGUAGGUAACAGAGGGGGCGAAGGGGGGAAGAGGAGUGAGGGGCGGGGGGGUGUUGUUGCUGAUUUUAGAAGUACACUGGAUGCUGCUUACAAGUUAGUUGUGCUGUAGCACUCAUACUUGAUGUAAAGAAAUACAGAGUCGACACUUUGGAGCCAAAUCUUUAGUCUGGAUUUGUGUGCUAAUUACGGUCAACUUCGAUCCCGAUUAAGAAAAUCAUAAAUAAUAGCAAAAGGCUGAUGAUUAUCUUGCAUGCAUUUACUCCAUUAAUUAUAAACAAACCCUGGUAAUGUCUCUGGAAAAAGAGAUUUCAACGUCCAUACAUAAAAGAAAUCAUCUGAAAAAGGUCUAAGCCAUGGUUAGAAUCUUGAUUUUUUUAAUCCCUUCAUUAGUGUCUUCAAGAUGAAUAAAUAAAGCAAAUUAGAAGGUGGGUAGGUUUUAUGCUUUUAUUGGCCAACUGCUCCCUAUGAACAAUCAAUUCUUUGUGAGAUUAAGAGAAAUUUUUUCUGAGCUCUCUUUAAAAAAAAUGCUGUGAUCAUUGAAGAAGAAUAAGAUAUUGUUGUCAUAUUGACAUAUGUUCAUAACCUGCAGGCCUGCAUUGAGUUAUAAUAUCAUGGCAAUAGACAUAAUCAUCUUGUUGGGCAGGUUUGGUUGAGUAUAACUUCUUUAAACUCAUCUUAAAAAUGGCAUAUAUUCAGAGCUUGUACACACCUCUUACUAUACUGAGUUAAUCUGCAUAAUUAUGUUUGAACAGUUCCUGUUCUUGAACUCGUAUUUUGAUUUUAUUGAAUGUAUUCUUUUUUCAGGGUUUUAGGGUUUUACUGGUCAAUGAAACCCACGCUAUGCAUGUCUUAAUCACUUCAUUAGGGCAAUUAUUGAACUGCAGUAUGAUGUUUUAGCGAUAUGGGUUCGACACAAAUCAAUAUUAACCACAUUUUUAUGUUAAUUAAAGUGGAGUUGUAGCAGGGCCACACUCUUUGGAUUCACAUCAACAUUCAUAGCUUUAGAAAAGAGGGGGAGAGGAGAAAAAAAAAAACAAUAAAAAAGAGAAAAUCUUCACACAAAACAUCUAGUUCUUUACUGGUUCUGCUUUGUAGAAAGCUUUUGGAAGUUUCAUAUUCUCAGUAGGGAAGGCCCACAGGGGCUGAAUUUGGAAGGCGUGCACCUACUUUGCUUAUGAUUUGAGUUAAAAGAGUGUCCAACAAAAGCACUACAAAGAAACCCAUCUUCUUCUACUCAACUUUUGCUCUCUAAUCUUUACAUAUACCCAAAAAAGACAUUGUUGUACUGCGACUACAAAGUAAUAUCUGAAACUUGUCUUUAAUUUUCUCUUUUCAGUGUUCAUUUAACCUUCCCAUCCACCAUUCUAUAUUAUAAAGAUUUAUUAAACCUGUGUUUGGUGAUGGGGUGUUAAAGCUUUAAUAUCAUGUUUGGUCAGGGAUGUUUAUUUUUUGGAAAUGGGCUUUUUUAGGGUGAAUGAGUUGGCAUGAGUGUGAGUCUAAAGGGCAGGUGGGGUUUAAGAAUUGGGUUUGUUUUCAGAGCAGGAGUGGCAAUAUUCUCAGUCAAAAGACAUCAUUUGAUGGGGAAAAUGUUGGAUGGAAAAGAAAAAGAAGAAGAAAAUGAAGAAAUGAAAAGAGAAAAUUUUCUCUUUUGGAAAGAGAGAAAAGACAUGGCUAAAACCCUUCCCCACAUUGGUCACACUGAAUAAUCACUUCCCCAACACAUUAUUAUCACGUAUCCAUGUUAGAGGAAUCAUGAAAGCUGACAAACACAAUACUCCUCCCCAAACACUUUCCUUUCUUCACCUUCUCCCUUAUAAAAAUGGAGAAAAUGGACUCAUCACUCUAUUAAAAACCCCCAUCUCCACCACCUCUACUCUCCACUCCCAACACUUCUCUCUCUCUCUCUCUCUCUCUCUCUAUAUGGCCAACUUAGCCACUUUGUUUACAGUAUUACUCAGCUUAUUGUGCUAUUCUCAAACUGGGUUUGGCUUGGUGCAAUGGCCUGGAGGAACAUCAACUAGGUUCUAUGAUUUCAAGGUACAAACCAUGAGAGUUACCAAGCUCUGUAACACCAAGGAAAUUGUCACAAUCAAUGGCAUGUUUCCAGGUCCAGUAGUUUACGCUCAAGAAGACGAUAGGGUGAUAGUGAAGGUCACCAAUGAGACACCAUACAAUACCACAAUUCACUGGCAUGGCAUCCGGCAGAGGCUGUCUUGUUGGUCAGACGGGCCAUCCUAUAUCACCCAAUGCCCCAUCCAGGCAGGCCAAACUUUCACGUAUGAGUUCACAAUAGUGAAGCAGAAGGGCACUCUCCUAUGGCAUGCUCAUGUUUCAUGGCUUCGAGGCACUGUCUAUGGCGCCAUCGUCGUGUACCCAAAAACUGGGGUGCCCUACCCUUUCAAGUACCCUUAUGAAGAGCACAUCAUCCUCCUAGGGGAGUAUUGGCUUAAGGACCUCGUCCAACUUGAGCGGCAAGUUCUGGCUAGCGGUGGAGGUCCUCCACCUGCCAAUGCAUUCACCAUCAACGGUCACCCGGGCCCCAACUACAACUGUUCCAAAAAUGACGUCUACAAGAUUGAUGUAGUUCCUGGGAAGACGUAUCUCUUAAGGGUAAUAAAUGCGGGUUUAAACAUGGAGAACUUCUUCGCCAUUGCCCAUCACAAGCUGACGAUUGUUGAGGUUGAUGCUGAGUACACAAAGCCUUUCACCACAGACCGGGUGAUGCUUGGACCGGGCCAGACUAUCAAUGUCCUUGUCACCACCGAUCAACCUAUAGGAAAAUACUCCAUGGCAAUGGGAGCUUACAUGUCAGCUAAAGGUGUUAAGUUCCAAAACAUAUCAGCAAUCGCCUACUUCCAGUAUUUAGGUGCUGUGCCUAAUAGUAUAGCAUUACCAGCUCAACUACCGAGCUUUAACGAUAACCUCGCUGUUAAGACUGUCAUGGAUGGGUUGAGAAGCCUGAACCCUGUGAAUGUAUCGAAAGAGAUCGACACCAACCUGUUUUAUACUAUUGGAUUGAACGUCCAAAAAUGCAGGUCAAAGACGCCGAAAAAUAACUGCCAAGCUACCAACAAUGGGGUUUUGGCUGCGUCGAUGAACAAUAUCAGUUUCAUUAGACCUAAUAUUUCGCUCCUGGAAGCUUAUUACAAGAAGAUCAAUGGCUACUACACUGAGGAUUUCCCUGAUGUGCCUCUCAAGUUCUAUGACUUUGUCAAUGGGGCUCCCAACAACAUCCCUAAUGACACUCAGGCUUUGAAUGGGACUAGGACCAAGGUUCUUGAAUAUGGAACCAGGGUGCAAGUCAUCUUACAGGACACGGGAACCGUCAGCACUGAGAACCACCCGAUUCAUCUUCAUGGGUUCAGCUUCUACGUUGUAGGGUAUGGAACCGGAAACUAUGACCCCCAGACGGCUAAUUUCAACUUGGUUGACCCUCCUUACAUGAACACCAUUGGAGUUCCAGUGGGUGGAUGGGCUGCCAUUCGGUUCGUCGCUGACAACCCAGGUACAUUUCUUGGUUUUUUUUACCUGAAAAAUAAUGGGUUGACUGCACUUAAUUUACCACUUAAUCGGUUUCCAUUGCAGGCGUUUGGUUCAUGCACUGUCACUUGGAAAUACAUUUGUCAUGGGGAUUGUCUAUGGUAUUCAUAGUGAAGAAUGGGCAUGGAGAGCUUGAGACACUUCCUCAUCCACCAGCGGACCUCCCACUGUGCUAGGACAGUUGGGUUCACUGUAGAAAGAAAAAUGGAUGGCCCUGAUCUUCCCCAUCAAGGAUUCUUUGACGCAAGUGUGUGAUACAUGUGGUCCAAACAUGAAAACAAAAAUGUAGUAAAGAUUGGAUGAAUAAAACUGCAAAAUUCUCUUGCUUCA